AUGACUACCUCAAGAAGUGCCCUUUUUGUCAUUGAUAUCCAGAAGGAUCUAGCAUCGGAUCCGAAGACUCAGAUCCCACAUGCUGAACGCAUUCGUCGUGCCGGCACGGAAAUCCUCUCCUCCGCCCGAGGAAUCGAAUCGAAUCCAAAACCAAUCAUAGUCUUUGUACAACACGAAGAGUUACCUGACAGUGGCCCUCUGGUAAAGGGAAGUGAUCCAUGGAAGUUAGUCUUUGAGAACGACCCGAGCAAGACUAAUGAACGUCUCGUAUCAAAGAACCAGCGAGACACAUUCAAGUCAAACCCUGGUCUGGCAGAACAGCUCAAGUCCGAGGGUGUUGAACAUAUCGUUGCAUUUGGCAUACAAAGCGAGUGCUGUGUCUUGGAGACGUCCAAGGGGGCCCUUGAGGCUGGAUUUCGCGUCACCCUUCUACAUGGUGCUCAUUCGACUUAUGACACUGAAACGAGAACUGCACUGCAAAUCGAGCAGGCGGUUGAAGACGAGCUGCUUGCUUUAGGCGUCUCUGUCUCCCCAUGGGAGAGCACCAUUGUUGAAUGGAGAGAUAAAGGAGACUUGGUAUCGGUCUAG